AUGAAUAUCCUACGUUGCAGUGGGGCCUACUCCAGAGCCUGGACAUCCGCUCAAUCCCGCACAGCCUUGAAUAGUGUUCGAUCACCUACGAUAUGUCCUCCUCGGCGGAGUUUCCACGCUGCUUUGGCUCUUGGUGGUAUUAGGUCCCAAGUAUUGAAAGAUGUUGGUGAAGGGAUAACGGAGGUCCAGAUCAUUCAGUGGUAUGUUGAGGAAGGGGCUCGGAUUGAAGAGUGGAAUCCGCUUUGCCAGUAUCAGUCUGAUAAGGCGGUCGAUGAUAUUACAUCGAGGUAUGAGGGCAUUGUGAAGAAAUUGUAUUUCCAAGCGGAUGAUACUGUUCCCACAGGAAGGGCACUUUGCGAUAUAGAAGUCGACGACGCCAAGUACCCCGAAGAUCAUCCUCCGGCCGCGGCGGAGCCCUCUCCACCAGCGCAUACUACAACAGGGUCACAGACAACACCCCAAACCGUUCCGGCGUCAGCUGCUCUCUCGACUACGGAUACUACAGGCAAUUUACCGAAGUCACGCUUUGCUACACUUGCUACCCCGGCUGUCCGCGGGCUACUGAAGACAUUGAAUGUGAAUAUCGAAGAUGUGAACGGAACAGGCAAGGAUGGACGUGUGCUGAAGGAGGACAUCCAUAAGUUUGUUGCAAUGAGGGACACACCGAGUACAGCUGUACCAGCGUCACAGCAAGCCGACACAGCGGUUAGCCUAACGCCAAUUCAAUCACAGAUGUUCAAGGCUAUGACUCGGUCACUGACGAUUCCUCACUUCGGAUAUGCCGAUGAGCUCAAUAUCAACAACAUAUCGGCCUUGAGAAAGAAGAUCGCCAACGACAAGAACGACCCAAGAAAGAUCACGUUCCUCUCAUUCGUGAUCAAAGCGGUUUCGCUUGCUCUGAAUGAGUACCCUAUUCUCAACGCGAAAGUCGAUACCAGCAACCCCGACAAGCCGCAGCUUAUUAUGCGACCAAGACACAACAUCGGAAUUGCGAUGGAUACCCCGCAGGGUCUGAUAGUCCCUAACAUCAAGGACGUGGGCAGCAUUUCCAUUCUAGACGUCGCGCAGGAGGUCUCGCGUUUAAGUGCACUAGGGAAGGAAGGUAAACUCACUCCUGCAGACCUCAGCGGUGGUACUAUCACGGUCUCGAACAUUGGAAAUAUUGGUGGUACUUAUGUGAGCCCGGUUAUUGUGACCAACGAGGUGGCCAUCCUAGGAGUCGGAAGGUCACGGACAAUACCCGUUUUCGAUGAAGCCGACCAGGUAGCCAAGGGCGAGGUAGUGAAUUUCAGCUGGAGUGCGGAUCACCGAGUUGUGGAUGGUGCAACAAUGGCGAGGAUGGCAAGCAAGGUCAAGGAACUUAUCGAGUCACCAGAGCGCAUGCUCUUGAGCCUGCGAUAG